AUGCCGCAAAGUAUCAGCGAAUUCAUCUUUUUCAAAGUGAGGCCCGAGGUUCGGCCCGAAGAUCCUCACAGCGAAGAGGGUGAGGCGUUGCUGAACAUCUUCCGCUCCACAAAACAGCAAAGCGGUCACCAAAAUUCCGCUUGGGGUCGUACGGUUGAAGACGAGGAUGUGAUUGUAUGGGUUGUAGAUUGGACUGAUGCCCGCGGCUCAACAACCGCCAUCAAUCUGGAACCAUUCCUCGCGCCGACGGCUCAACCUCCAACAGCCCUCUACACAACUCUCAGCCCGCCAAUUUCCAGCACAGAUACGCUAACCGCGAACCCGGUGACGGAAAUCUGUGCUCUGCCCUUCCCAAGCUCCCUCACCGUGCAAGAGACCAAGCAAUUGAAUGCAGAACUAAUCAACUUCCGCACGGCACUGGUGGAGCAUUUGCCGCAAGAGGACGGUCCGCGAUCCUGGGCGAUGGGUCACAUCGAUCGUCCGAACAUGGUGCAGCACGCAAAGAGUCCGAGUGGACAUGCCGUGGUGCAUUUGUUAGCUGUUGGCUGGGAAACAGUCGAGGCGCAUAAGCAAGCGAAGGAGACGGAGCAAUUCCAGCAGAGCGUGGCGCCUAUUCGGGAGAAAAUGCUACCCCCUGUUCCUGGUCUGGAGAUGAAGCAUGUCAGUUUCCAGAAAAUUUAA